AGUAAAGCUAGCGUGCAAAGCAGAUGUCUUUUACCGAUUGUUUUUGCUCGGUUACGGUACAGUGUUGUGCAGUGUAGUUUUAGUCAUCGGGUGAUAUACGGUUCAUUCAUUCGUCACACUAAACCGGACUGUCUUUUUCUCAUCCGCCAAGAUGAUGUCCAUACAAACGAUCGGCGGGAUAGUAUUGAAAGUGCUGAAACUGGUGAUCAACUUGAUCAUCAUUAUUCUUUACCGAACGGGAUACGGUGGUGAAUUCCUCGGUGUUGGAGGAACAUGGAACUUGAACGAGGAUAAGAAUCCUGAUGUCGAAAUAGUUGCAUCGGGUAUCUUCGUUGGAUUCUUCAUCUACACUCUCGUUGUGAUGAUCACCUUCUGCUUCGGCAAUACGGACCAAAGUAAAUCGCUAGUGGAAAUCAUCAUGAAUUUCGUUGGAAUGUUCAUGUUCAUCGCCGUUGGUGCAAUCGCGCUUCAUUAUUGGCACGGGUAUCAAAGUGAGCACAAGUACUUGCACGUGUCAUCUGAAAGACAGGUUGGGUUGGCUUUAGGGUCACUCUGUGUCAUCGAAGGAGCCGCCUACCUUAUCGACCUCGUCCUGUCGGUACUCGAAUACGCAAACGAAGUUUUGAACUAAAGGAGAAUGAUCCUCGACGAUGAUGUCUUAAUAAUGU